ACUACUGGAAUUGUAGCCUCUUUCUGGCCGUAGAACAACAUGGCGGCAGUGUUUGACAACGUGCAUAUAGCUAUUUACAAGGAAAGCGGUUAUUUUGAUCACUCUGAUAAAGCACCACAUAGAAUUGAAAUUAUUAAGGAACAGAACCAGGUUACUGUCAACAUUUAUUGCGAUGGUUCAAAGAAAAUUAUUAUUCCCAUUGAUUCCAAUGCAGACUAUGCUCGUGUUGGGCGACAGUCAAUUGUUUUCUCCAAAGAUCAAACCUCUUUUCAAGCAAAUUUUGCCUCAGUCCAUGUUAUGAAGUCCUUCUUGUACCGUUUGAACGAAUUCACAAAUGGUCGCAAAUCUGUUUUCUCAGAAAGAACAGAUGAUGCAUCAGCAGUGCAGUACUUUCAGUUUUAUGGUUACUUGUCUCAGCAACAGAAUAUGAUGCAAGAUUAUAUUCGAACGUCCACAUAUCAACGUGCAAUGUUGGCUAACAUCGACGAUUUUCACGACAAGGUCAUACUUGAUGUUGGAGCUGGUUCUGGAAUUCUUUCAUUCUUCGCAAUCCAGGCUGGUGCUCGCAAAGUUUAUGCAAUAGAAGCUAGCAGUAUGGCUCAACAUUGUGAAAUGCUGGUCAAAGAUAACCGACUUGUUGACCAAAUUGUUGUUAUCACGGGCAAAGUUGAGGAUGUUACAAUACCCGAGGAAGUUGACACAAUUAUUUCAGAACCUAUGGGAUAUAUGUUGUUCAAUGAACGUAUGCUAGAAAGUUUCCUUCAUGCCAAAAAAUGGUUGAAGCCUGGAGGUCGGAUGUUUCCUACACAAGGUGAUCUCCAUGUUGCUCCUUUUACUGAUGAAGCCUUAUAUAUGGAACAGUAUUCUAAAGCAAACUUCUGGUAUCAAGAAUCAUUCCAUGGCGUUAACCUCAUAAGUUUAAGAAAUGCCGCUGUUACUGAAUAUUUUAGGCAACCAAUUGUUGAUACAUUUGACAUCCGAAUAUGCCUUGCUAAAUCCAACAAACAUGUGGUUGACUUCCAGAAAGCUAGAGAACAAGAUCUUCACAUCAUUGACAUUCCUUUGACCUUCAGUAUGAUGCAGUCAGGACUUGUACAUGGUCUUGCCUUCUGGUUUGAUGUUGCCUUUUUUGGCACAAACAACUCUGUGUGGUUGUCAACUGCACCCACGGAAGCUCUUACUCAUUGGUAUCAAGUUCGCUGUCUUGUGCAAACACCAGUUUUAGUGAAACAGGGUCAAACAUUGACGGGAAAAGUUCUUUUACGAUGUAAUAAAAGACAAAGUUAUGAUGUUGAUAUUGAACUGAAUAUACCAGGAACCAACACAAAAUCUACCAAUUCACUUGAUUUAAAAAAUCCUUACUUUCGAUACACUGGUCAAACACCACAGCCUCCAGCAGGAAAUAGCAACCAGUCGCCAUCAGAUUCAUAUUGGAAUAGUGUAGCAACUGGUAAUUUGUCUAACAAUUGUUUAUCAGGAAAUCAGUCUUCCUAUAUCAAUGGAAUUUUAAAUGGUUUAACAGAUAAUACUCAAGUAAUUGCCCAACAAGGUGUUGUCCAAACUAAUCUGAUACCACUCUGGAGUCAAUGAAUGCCUGCAGUCUGUACAUAUCCGCAACAUAUUCAGUUGUGCAAUAUCUUACCCAUUCAGAUAAUACAGAAAGGAAGAUAUUGUUCAUAUGCCUUCACACACAUGCACGCACACAUGCAAGAAGCAAAUUUGGGGGUUUGAACCUAAAACGGGCAGUCAGGAAAUUCCAAAUUUAAUGUCACUAAUUAGUUCUGUCUUUGCCUGCUAAGCUAGCAUUCAAUAAUUUUGUCUUCAAAAUUUCUUGUACAUCAAAGUGACUAUAUACAUUACCCUCCAAAUGUGGUUUUAAUCUUUUGAAAGUGUAUUUAUAUCUUGAAUUAUAAAUACACACACACACACAUAUCCUGUGUUACAGAAGAGUAAAAAAAAAUCUAGUCAUAACAUGAAAUUCUCUAAUGUGAAAUGCAUUAUUUAUCCAUUGAUUUCCAUGUUCAUAGAAACCAAUUGAAAAAUAGUUUUAGCAUUACAAAUCUCUGUUAUGCCAUGAUUUACAGUGGUGCAAUACUUCUGCAUCAGGGAUGUGUGUGUGUGCACAAGCAAAUCCAGCCAGCUAUCUUAUAUAUAAUGCAAACAUGUGUACAUUUAAACAUAUGCUACUUGUUUUUAUGUUCAACUUGCAUACAAAAACACCUCAAAUAUUAAUUGAAGGACCUCUCAAUCCAUUUAAAUAGAGUAUCACAUUUAUUUUCACAAGGGAAAAAGUUGACAGUGACUUUGAAAUUUUUGCCACUUGUUGACUUUGUUAUAGUCUGAGAAAGCCAACAACUGAUGAAAAGUCAUUAUCAAUCUUUUUCCUCAUACAUAUAUAAAAUUGAUUGAAAUUUAUGGCAUGCCAAAGGAAACUGUUUUAUUAAAAACCCACUUGAGAUUGCUUGAAUAACAAAGUGUUCAUAUUUAAAUAAAAUAAAUUUUAAAAAUU